CAUAAGACUUUUGUUGAACUGAACUGGCUCCUUGGCACCUGGUGUUGGAAAACCAAUGUUGAACUGAGUGGGUUCCUUGGCACCAAGAUUCACGGACUGAGCACUGAUGUUCAAUGCGAGACUAUCAGUCAACACAGAUCCAUCACAAUGACGGCUGGUUGACAGUUCCUGACAUAAACGUCAUAUCAUGGCACACUGUCUCUAUAUAAGGGGGUAAUUCCCCUGGGAGGAUUAGAGAGGACAAUUUUCCAAAAAGAAAGGGACAUCCUAAGGCACCCUAACCCACUAUCUUAAUCCUUCAUUGUGUGGUCACUCUGGAAUCGUGACUCCAAUUCAAGCUUCAUUUCAUAC